AUGUCAACCCUCGCCCUCCUCCUCUUCCUCCCACCGCUGCGUCUACUGCUGCUGCUGCUGCUGCUUCUUCUUGUCGCACCACUGCCCCAAACUGCAGCGCUCAGUGGUGAUGUCGGCAUUGGCCGGGACGGGAGCGGCGCCCUGCACAUCAACACGAGCGAUGCGCUGACUGAACCAGUGUUUGUGAACGGAGUGGACGUGGGCAAGAUGUUCGCGCUUGUGCUUGAACAGCAGCGUGUGGUGUCAAGACAGGCAAUUCAGUUGCAAGAGCAACGCGAGGCGCUGUGCCGUCGCUUCCCGCCAACGACAACUUCCAUUCCAAACAUGGGCAUGAUGGACCGCGGCUGGAUUGGCGGCGUGCUGGCCGACAACGGGCUCAUCUACGGCAUCCCGUACUUGUCCACGUCCGUGCUCAUCAUCGACCCUGCCACCAACACCGCCGACACAACAUCCAUCUCCGGUUUGCCUGCAGGCGGCAGCAAAUGGACGGGCGGGGUGCUGGCCGACAACGGGCUCAUCUACGGGUUUCCCGAAAGCGCAACGUCUGUGCUCAUCAUUGACCCACGCGCAAACACCGUGGACACCACCACCCUGGGCGGACUGCCUUCCGGCGGCGGUGGCGGAAAAUGGAGGAGCGGGGUUGCCGCACACAACGGGCACAUCUACGGCAUUCCGUGGUCUGCAAGCUCUGUGCUCGUCAUCAACCCCACUCUCCACACCACAGAUGUCACGACGAUAUCUGGCUUUGGUGGGGACUACUUCAAAUGGUUCGGGGGUGUUCAAGCCGCCAACGGGCUCAUCUACAGCGUGCCACACAGCGCAAACGCCGUCCUCAUCAUCGACCCAGCCAGGAACACCGCAGACACCACAUCUAUUGCUGGGUUGACAGGUAGCAGCAAGUGGUUUGGCACCGUGCUCGCGCGGAACGGUCUCAUUUACGGCAUUCCGAAAUCCGCCACGACAGUGCUCGUCAUCGACCCCACCUCAAACACGGCCGACACGACGGCCAUCACCGGCCUCUCGAGCGACGGUUCCAAGUGGCUCGGCGGCGUGCUUGCACCAAACGGCAACAUCUUCGGCAUCCCGCUUAAUGCGGAAUCUGUCCUCAUCAUCGACCCAGCAACCAACACCACCGACACCACGUCGCUUCCAGUCACUUCUGGCAUCGACAAGUGGCAUGAAGGUGUCCUCGCAAGCAAUGGCCUCAUCUACGCCAUUCCACACGUCGCUGGGGAUGUGCUACUCAUCGACCCUGGCUGCUGACCGCGUGUACUGUACAAACGCACACACGUGCUCACGUACACGUGACAUCCUCAGACAUGAGAUCAAUGUUUGGCUGUUUGGUGGUGGUGGUGGUGAGGCUGUACGUUGUGUUCGUGC